AGAUAGCUAGGGCGCGGGGCGUGGGGCGCGGGGCAUCGGCGCCUACGCACUGCCCGCCGCACCUUGCCGCCCGCCUUACACCAGUCAGCAGCUGUGGCUCGUGUUGGCUGAACCAUCAGAUAGGGCCAUCCUCUUUUUUCUUGCCGUAGGACACCUAGACCAACACAAACACAAUGGCGGAUGAUGAAAAAAAACGUCUCGAGGAGGCGAAGAAGGCCAAACAGGCCGAAAUCGACCGCAAGCGCGCUGAGGUGCGCAAGCGCAUGGAAGAAGCUUCCAAGGCCAAGAAGGCAAAGAAGGGUUUCAUGACACCUGAGAGGAAGAAGAAACUUAGGUUGUUGCUACGUAAAAAAGCCGCCGAGGAAUUGAAGAAGGAGCAAGAGCGCAAAGCGGCCGAGAGGAGGCGCAUCAUUGAGGAGAGGUGUGGUAAACCUAAGAACAUUGACGAUGCAAACGAAGCGGCUCUCACGAGCAUCAUUACCGGUUACCAUCAGCGAAUCAUCAAGCUUGAAGAGGAGAAGUAUGAUCACGAGAUGGAGGUGGCCCGCAAAGGGCUCGAGAUCGCUGACCUGAACUCUCAAGUCAAUGACCUCAGAGGCAAAUUCGUUAAACCCACACUAAAGAAGGUGUCCAAAUAUGAGAACAAAUUUGCCAAACUUCAAAAGAAGGCCGCCGAAUUCAACUUCCGUAAUCAAUUGAAGGUUGUCAAAAAGAAGGAAUUCACCCUCGAAGAAGAGGACAAAGAGGGUGGUGCCGGGGGAAAGAAAAAGCCAGACUGGUCCAAGGGCAAACCGGGAGAUCAAAAGGUAAAAGAGGAAGAGGUUGAGGCAUGAAGUGUUUCCCCAUCAUAAAAUAUUAUUAAGACCUGUCAUGAACAUCCAAUCAAUGUGAUAAACCCAUCCUGUAUGUGGCUAGUUUCAUCAAUAUGGUCCUACAAUCUCCACCCGUAUGUGCCAGUGGCAAAUUCCUUCAGUAAUUAUAUAUAUAUUGUCCAAUAAAAAAAAAAACAUGUCUACCAUUUCGUAUAUGUUUAAACAUUUUUUAUAAUUAUUUAUUUAUUAAAUAAUGUUUUUGUAAGAUACGUAUAAUAAAAUUAAUUUUCUGUAUUAAAAAAA